AUGGUGAUACGAGACAGUCUAAGAAUCUCAGACCCGACCACAUGGCCAGAAUACCUCGACUUAUGCCUCCAACUCGAGUCCAAGUUCAGAGCCGAUAAGGCAGGUGUUAUGAAGCAUUCUCUGCUAGAACGUUCAGAACCACGUGACCCUAACGCAAUGGUUGUGGAUCGAGUAUCCACACUCACCAAGGAACAGGAAGGAUGGCUGGAAAGGAAGCUGUGCGUACGAUGCGAGAAACACUCCUUCGUAUUUAAACAGCACUGCUCGGACCCCAAAUAUAAAGACAAAUUUGAGAUGCCAAAGAGGGGCCAAGUGACAAGGGUGAUAUCGACACCAGCAGCAUUAAGCAGUUCCAAUGAUGACAAGGUGAGAGAGGAAGCAGUCUGCGCUUUCAUCGCCAGCUACGACGCAAAGGGAAAGGAGAAAGAGGUCAAACUGGAACCAGCUGUCAAAGCAGCCAGGAUCACGGAGGUGGAGGAUGAUGAGGAUUUUCUGUAA